AUGAGUCCAUACAAAUUGGGAUGUAAUGUUUUGGAAAUCACAAGUUCCAAUAUUCAAAGGAUUGGACCGGUUUCCAGGGACAUCGACACCCCUGUAUUCCGUCCGGAAGCUGCUAUCACUUCCAGUCUUAACUCGAUUAUCUUCUCCAACUGCUCCAUCGGAUCCCUCGAUUCAUUCUCUUUCACCAAUUACACUCUAUCAAUAUUAUUCUUCAAUCACUCCACAAUCACAUCCAUCAAACCGAGAGCUAUCGAAAAAUCCCGAAUAAAAAGUUUGGGAUUCGGAGAGUCGAAAAUUGAAAUUUUCAAUGGAUCAAGUAUCAAUAAGUCAGAGAUCAAAGCAGUGGAUUUUGAUGGAAUGGAUAUUGAAAUGAUCGAAAGUGAUUGGAUUUACAACUCAACUAUUGGAAAGUUGGGGAUAAGAAACUCAAAAAUUGAGAAUAUCGAGAAGAAUGUGUUCAAGGAUUCAGUGUUUGACGAGAUUGAGAUGAAUGGGAAUAGAAUAAUGAUGAUGGAAUCCGAAGCAUUUUAUGGAGAUAGUCAGAUUUCCACACUCUCCAUCACCGGCAACGACCUCACCACCUCAACUCCCUCCCCAUCACUUCUCUCUUCUACUUCCCCAUCAUCCCAUCCAACCUCAUUCAUUCUGGCUAACAACACCAUCGACUGCUCUCCAUCCGACUGUUCCACCAACUCAUUCCUCCUCAACUCACCAAAACAUUCACCUCUUCUCUAUCAAAUCUCCAAUAAUCGGUGCCGUCCACCAAGUCAAUCCCCAUGUGUGGAUCCCCGGUCUAUUAGUAUAGAGGAGCAUGGAAUCACAUGCAGGAUCUCCAGUCUUCUGGCAGAUUGUGCAUGCACAGCUUCCACGUCAUCUCUUCCCUCCAGAUUCCCAAUUGACUCUAACAUCUCCAUAGUUAUUCUAGGAGAUUGUGAGCAUCUGACAUUAGACCAAAAAUCUGCAAAGUUCUCUCAAAUCUACAUUUUUAGAACCUCUAAGUUAUUGGUGAUGGAGUUACCCGCAGCUUUGAAGGUUUUGAAAAUUUUCCACUCUACAGUAUCUAUGGUUCGCGUCCACGUGGCCUCGGAACCAUUUCCAGCGCCCAGUUACAGAACAACACUCUACUUGAAUGUUGCCGUCAUCCUUAUCUCGACUACCGUAACCCUAUUGGUCUCGACACGAUUGAUUUAG